UUCUAGGUUGGCCUGGAGAGCUGAGCAGAGUCAUGGGUUCUCUGGUUCUGCCGCUGAGCGCUGUCUUCUGCCUGGUGGCUCAGUCGGCUUCUGGCAGCCCCAUCAUGGGCCUUGAGCAGUCGCCCCUGGAAGAAGACAUGCCUUUCUUUGAUGAUAUCUUCACAGAGCAAGAUGGUAUUGACUUUAACACCCUGCUGCAGAGCAUGAAGGAUGAGUUUCUCAAGACGUUGAACCUGUCGGACAUUCCUGUGCAGGACACAGGCAGAGUGGAUCCGCCAGAGUACAUGUUGGAACUCUACAACAAAUUCGCCACGGACCGAACCUCCAUGCCGUCUGCUAACAUUAUCCGGAGCUUCAAGAACGAAGAUCUGUUUUCUCAACCAGUCAGUUUUAAUGGGCUCCGGAAAUAUCCUCUCCUCUUCAAUGUAUCCAUCCCUCACCACGAAGAGGUCGUCAUGGCUGAACUGAGGUUGUACACACUGGUUCAGAGAGAUCGUAUGAUGUAUGACGGUGUGGACCGUAAAAUUACCAUUUUUGAGGUCCUAGAGAGUGCAGAUGGAAGCGAGGAAGGGAGGAGCAUGCUGGUCUUAGUAUCAACAGAGAUCUACGGAACCAACAGUGAGUGGGAGACAUUUGACGUCACGGAUGCCACCAGACGUUGGCAAAAGUCAGGCCCAUCAACCCAUCAGCUGGAGAUCCACAUUGAAAGCAGUCAAAACCAAGCUGAGGACCCAGGAAGGGGACAACUGGAAAUAGAUAUGAGUGCCCAGAAUAAGCAUGACCCGUUGCUUGUUGUGUUUUCUGAUGACCAAAGCAAUGACAAGGAACAGAAAGAAGAACUGAACGAAUUGAUUGCCCAUGAGCAGGAUCUGGACCUGGACUCCGAUGACUUCUUCAGUGGGCCCGAUGAAGAGGCCCUGCUGCAGAUGAGGUCAAACAUGAUCGAUGACUCUUCUGCUCGGAUCAGGCGGAACGCCAAAGGGAACUACUGUAAGAAGACUCCACUGUACAUUGACUUCAAGGAGAUUGGCUGGGACUCCUGGAUCAUCGCUCCUCCUGGGUACGAGGCCUAUGAAUGCCGAGGUGUGUGUAACUACCCUCUGGCAGAGCACCUCACACCUACAAAACAUGCAAUUAUCCAGGCCUUGGUUCACCUCAAGAAUUCCCAGAAAGCUUCCAAAGCCUGUUGUGUGCCCACAAAGCUGGAUCCUAUCUCCAUCCUCUAUUUAGAUAAAGGUGUUGUCACCUACAAGUUUAAAUAUGAAGGAAUGGCUGUGUCUGAAUGUGGCUGUAGAUAGAAGAAGAGAGGCACCCCAUG